AUUAUCGCUACGACAUUAACGACGAAUUGAGUGGCAAUCAUGGAAGAAACCGCCAAGCUGAAUGCACUCGAGGAGGGUAGUAGCAGUGCCCAAGGCAAGGUGUUUGAACGACAAGCUCAGCCUUCUCUCUACGAGCAGGCGCUCCGAGCUCCGCGUAGGGUAAAACUUCUCGCAGCCAUUGUCGCAGCAUUGGUCCUCUAUUCUCUAGCAGGUGGUACAUUCUUCCGCUCGCCUAUCAAGCACACAAAGUACACUCUCGUUCAGACGAGAGUUCUGGGCUACGGAGGUAGAUGGCCUGGCUUCAAAAAACUCAAGCACCUGGUCAUCUUCGGUGACAGUUACUCUGAGACUGCCUUCAAUCCUGAUGGACCACUCCCAACGGCUGAGGACCCCUUGGGAAACCCUCCAGACCAUGCAGCCUGGACCUCAGCAAAUGGUCCUAACUGGGCUAUCUUUUUGCCCACCUUCUACAACCAGUCUCUUCUAAGGACAAUCAACCUUGCUGCUGGAGGCGCUACCAUGGACCAGGACCUCAUCCCGCAACACAGUCCUACGGUUAGGUCUAUGAAGAACCAAGUGAGCGACGUAUUUGCUCCUAAGUUUGGUGGCUGGACCCCUCCGGCGAACUUCUCAUGGGCACCUGAAGACAGCCUUUUCAUCUUCUGGCAAGGCAUCAAUGACGUUCACAACACGUUUUCGUGGUCAAACAAAAGUGACGUCCAAUACAAGGUCCUGCAACUCUACGCACAGCUGGUGGACAAGGUGUAUGAGAACGGAGCGCGCAACUUUCUCUUCCUCACAAUUCCUCCAACGGAUCUAUCGCCGCUCACCAUGCAUGAGGGGCCUGUCGUACAAGCGGCUGAGCGUGCAGAUAUCAAUGUGUGGAACGACAAUGUCCUCGACAUGGCGAAACAGCUUUAUGCGAGAUACAAUGAUGUCUCUACAUUCGUCUUUGACACGCACGCACUCUUCAGCGAGAUCAUCGCCAAUCCUUGUUCUCAUGCCGAAACCUGUGCUUAUCAAAACACCGAUGAGUGGUGUCCGGGCUACAAGACGACAUUGAAAUCUUGGUAUACUAAAAUCGACGAAUGCGACUAUGCGAUCGACGAAUACUUCUGGAAAGAUGCCCUCCACCCGACCUUCCGUGUGCACAACGCCACGGCCAAGAGCAUUGCCCACUUCCUGGAAAGUAUUCCGGCUCGUUAAGGCACGAACUUUCAUUUGCUUCCAUGCAUGUCUCCAAUACGGCCCCGGAAGCAGCAGAGCGGCGAACGUGGAAGGUGGGAUACUGGACAGGCCGCGUCGGCUGGCCUAGCAUGGGUUUUCCAAACUCUCAGCAUACAAAUUCCUGCCGGAACCCACUGCUCUGGGAAACGACAUGUACACAAUAUUAAGUGGUUUAUCUGUUUAAUCAAAAAUUACCUUGAUUGUUGGA